GCUUUGAGGACGUAGAUAAUCUUAGGCGCAUUCGAUCCAAGAUUGAAUUUUUACCAAACAUGUCUGUCAGAAAUUACACACGUUGUUCCUUGAAGAUAUCUUAUUAUAAUUAGAAUCCCAAAUUGAGUAUUUAACAUUUUAAAAUAAUACCACACUCUCGGUAUUUUAGAUGGACAUACAAGAUUGAGGCAAUCAUGGCAACGGGACAUGUUGCAAGACACAUCAUCCUCACAGGUCCUCCAGGAAUAGGAAAAACAACAUUGAUACACAAAGUCUGUGAUCAGCUGGCAAAAUCUGGUGUGCAGUGUAAAGGGUUUUAUACAGAGGAAAGACGAGAAGGUCGGCAAAGAGUUGGAUUUGAUGUCGUCACAUUGUCGGGGGAGAGAGCACCAUUAGCUUCAAUUAACACCAGUGAUGUCCCUCCUGGUAGACAGUAUACAGUGGGGAAGUAUGUGGUCCAGUUACAGUCCUUUGAGAGAGCAGCACUGCCCACACUGAGGAAACAGGAAAGUCAACACAACAUUAUUGUGAUAGAUGAGAUCGGGAAGAUGGAACUAUUUAGCCAGACAUUUGUGAGGGUUGUUCGGGAUUUACUGGGCUCAGAAAAUACCACAGUGAUCGCUACCAUCCCUGUAGCCAAGGGUAGACCUAUACCUCUAGUAGAGGAAGUCCGGCAACGGUCAGAUGUUGUCCUAUUUACUGUAUCCCAGUCCAACAGAGAUGUGAUAAUGAGAGAUAUUAUAACAGCAGUAAUGAACUCAAUAAAAUGUCAUGGAAGUUAA